CUUGAUGACACUGUCAGCGACGUUGAUGGAGUAGAUCUCCAGAGCCUUGUGAGCGCAGCAGCCCGAAGUACAUAUAGCAUUUCAUGCCAGGGGUGAAUAUGAGCAUGAAGCUUGUUUUCCGAGACUACAGCCAGCUAGACACUCGAGUGUCUGAUCAAGAAUGUUCUCAUCGUAAGGGAUGACUUCGCAUGAUACCGAAGAUUCAGAAGCUCCCCCACCUGCACCGAAGAAGUCAGGCCGGUCUCAGAGCCCGCGGGCUAUGGAAAGAAGGAGACUGCAGAACAGAAUUGCGCAACGAAACCACCGACGCAGACUCAAAGAGCAGAUUGCUGCUGAAGAAGCUGGAGAGAUACAGGACGUACAACCUGCAUCCACUUUUCAACAAACGCCCUCCGAUCCCUUGCCCGACUCCCCAUCUCUCACCUUAUCUCAAUCAAUGGACGCCACCCUGCUACCAGAUGACCUGUUUAACCAGGCCACAUCACCGUGGCCAGGAUUGGAUCCAAUGCUCAUUCAAAUGCCAGCAAUCAAUCCAGCUUUGAAUAACCCCGGGCAAUGGGCCUUCCCGUCCCCUAAUGGCUGCACCUGCAACUCGAUUACAGGACGUACUGUCGGCUCUGGGAGAUGUCGUAAGGGGGAGAGGAGUUUCGGGUAGACUAGGACCCGGGAAAUGGCCCAGAGGAGGAACUGGAGCAGCCAGCUUAUGUAGACUGCAAUGUAGAAGCGAGGCUCCAGAUAAAAGCGUGGUGAUUUCACCUGAGCGUAGAAGAGGACCGAGGGAAUGGCGAUGGAGGACAAGGAAAUGUUUCGAAGCGGCGAAAUCCAGUCCAUGGUAGGGAUAAGU